AUGGGCAGCCUGGUGCCCUCGAGCUUCUAUAGACCUUGGGACCAGUGCAAAGCUGGUUUUGGAAAGCUAUCUGGAGAGUACUGGCUGGGUGAGAAUUUACGAGACUCACUGACUGUUCAACAUGGGCAUACAUUUUCCACCUUUGACAAAGUCCAGGACAUUUGGUCUGGCAACUGUGCAUAGGAAUAUUAUGGGGCAUUUUGGUAUGCUAAAUGCCACCGCUCAAACCCCAAUGGAGUAUACUUAUGGGGGAAAACAAAUCAUUACACUACUGGCGUUAUCUGGUUUCAAUGGAAGUGCCGUCUUCAUGAAGAUCAGACCAGUGUCUUACCGAGAAACACCAUUAACGAGAAACAACCAGAGGGGUCUCCCAAUGUGUUUAGCAUGGGCUGA